AUGGGAGUAAAUGGUCUUUGGAAGUUAUUGGAGCCGGUUGGGCGUCCUAUAACUCUGGAAUCACUCGAAAAUAAAACACUUGCUGUUGGUAUCCUUUUAUUGAAUUUAUUUUAUAUAAAUGUGAAGUUGUGAACUAUGCUGCAUUUAUAGUAGGUCACGUAAAAGAUCUUUGGCAUGACUUACUAUGUCUUUAAUAUAGGAAUUCCUUUAGAUUCCUAUGGCCGUAUCAGACCCGUAUGGGAAUUUUGUUCUUUACUUGGCAUUAUAAAAAUGCUACAUAAUUUUUAAUCAGUUUGAAAUAUUUGUCACACAAACAAUUAUGUCACAUUAUGCAUUAUUAUGUCACUUACAAUUGCUGAAUAAUGAACCCUAAUGCACCCUACUUUAUUACCCGGCAUACUUAAUCGAUAAAAACCGAUCAUCGGAAAUCAAAUCGAUCAAUCGAUGGUAAUCGAUGUUAUUUACUUAAUUGAUAUCGAUUGACCAAUGUCAAUCGAUGGCCAAUCGAUAGUCACAAAAUGUUAUAGCCAAUUUUAUCGAUUAUUAUCGAUAUUCAUCGAUUUUUAUCGACAAAAUGCUUUUGAUUUUUAUCGAUUUAUAUCCUAAAUAAUCACCACGUGUUGGCGUGUUCGAGCUAAAUAGUAAAUCUGUUCUCAUUUUUCGAAUGUACUCAUGUAUUUGAUCUGUAUUAUAGCCUAAUGAAAACUUAAUUUAAUCCAUUGUUGCUGAAUUCCGUUCACAUUUGAGUUUGUUACGACAUUAAAGUACGUAUUAAUUAAAUUACAGCGUUACCUGUUUGGUUGCAUGCCUAUUAACGGAGGAUUUUUCAUCAAUGACAAUUAAUAAUAAAUUGAUGAUCAAUCGAUCAAAGUUACAGCAAAAGAAGUCAUCGAUUAUUCAUCGAUUUCCAAUAUCAAUCGAUUGAUAAAUAUCGAUUGGUUUUGAUUGAUAUCGAUACUCAUCGAUUUCAUCGAUUAAGUACGCCGGGUUUAUUAUUAUCACUCUGUCUAUUGCCAGAUGAUUUUACCCAUCAAGGGUACUGCUGCUCAUUUGGUUGAUCAUUUGGUUGAUCCAGUUAACCCACUGAUUUGUACUGUACCAUAAUGCACCCUGCUUUAUUAUUUUACUCUGUCUAAUUCCGGACCAUUUUACUUGACAAGGGCUGAACUUCACCUUUGACACAUAAUUAAAAGGGAAUACACCCUAGAAUGUGCACGAAAUGGUGCACUACAGUAAUUGGGCCCAAAAAAUAUUGAAAUUUUCAGUUAGAUGUAUAGUUCAAAUAUGUAAUGAAGUAAAAUAACAAAAAAUAGUUUCAAAUAUGCAGUAGCUUCGGAUUACAUCUACAAACCAGGGAUAUUUUCAAGCACUAUAGUCUACUACCGUUUUUCAGAAGAAGAUUGAGUUUCUUUUGGGGGGAGGAUGUUAAAAAAUUUUGUGUUCCAUUCCAUUUUGGGUGCACAUUCCAAAAUAUUUUGGGACCAACUUUUUACGUGUUUACAAUUUGGAAGUGGGAAUUACACAAGGCGCCACAUAGACAGUCAGACUCCUCAUUGAUAGUCGGACGCAUCAUUGACCCGCGCCCUUAAACAAAACGUUCAGCGGAUACUCUUCUUAUUAGAUGCGCCUUCCCAGUGAUUUCAAAAUAUUGUAUUGCUUGGUUGAGAUGUCAAAAUCUAAUUGUGGCUUCAUAUCUUGUGUGGUGAUGACAUCUGACAUAUUUUGUUAAGUUAUAUUCGCCAUUCCCACUCGCUUUUCUUUACUUUUGUAACUGUUUUUGGAUACGAUGUAUUAAUACAUUUAUAUUUAUUCUCAAUAGAUUAAUAAUAAAUAGAUUGAAAGAUUAAAAUCCCAUGGCGGUAAAGGUAGCUACGAGUACAGUGACUUAGCAUUAAUAUUAGAUUAAAAUUAAUUGUCAUGGUGUUAAAGGUAGCUUUACUUCUAGUGGAUACGCGGAUACGCAGUCAAGUAGUUAUUUUGAGAACGAGGCAUACAGUUAGAUUAGUAGACUUUCCAAAGUCCGAAGUUCCUGGAAGCGACGGACUUUUGUCACCCGCAAGCGCGCCAAAUUCACCGGUGCAUUUUUGCUCCGGUGACGUCAGUGAACGCUCAUUAUUAUUAUGAACAAAACAAUAAUGAACUAGUGAAAUCGACAUGGUGAACGCCCACUAUGUCAUAAUUGAUUUUCGCGCCAAAUUUUUCAGUAAGAUUCAAAAUCAGGCAAGUGACACAAGUCGCUCGCUUCCGUCUUUCUCAAGCGCUCCCUUCUUGCUACCCGCGGUCCCUAGCGAGCGACUUGGGCAAGUCUAUUAGAUUAGCAUUAGAUCAAAUUCUCAUGCUAUAGGUAGCUCUAUAUUUUAGUAGAUACGCGGAUACGUGGACACGCAGUCACUGAGUAGUUAUUUUGAGAUUAAGGUAAUAAGCAUUAAUAGAUUAAAUCCAUGCUAUAGAGAGCUUAAAUGUGGUGUAAUAUGUAAAUAUGUUCCUCAUAACCGGACAUUGGUGUUUUACAGAUUAUGAUUAAUUAGUGUCGCUGGGAGAAAAAAAUUUAUAUUAUAAAGCACAUCACGACCACUUUCCACAAAUAGAAGUAUUGCAGAAUACUCUUCAGAGAUCUUAUUGCCUAUUUACCAGAUCUUAUUGCCUCGUUCUAAUAUACACAAACUAAUUACUAAGACAAUAUUACGAAUUGAUACUAUAAAGGAAUUAUCAUGCAAGACUGUUAAUGUUUAAUAUUAUGGUUAGUACACUAGUUAUCGUAGUUUUCAAUUGGGGGAAUAUACAGUUUUAACUCGCAAUAACAGUUCUUGAGUAUUUUCGGAACCAGAAAAACAAGCUCAGCCUGGUAGUUUACUAUGGCAUCGCGAAGCAAAUCGUCCAUCUUUCUACACGUGGUCGAAGAAGAACAACGUGGAGAUCAGUGAUGGAUAUAUGGUGCACCAGUGGGUUACGCGGGGUACGAAGGGAUCUAUCGAAAACGCGCGGAGGCCUGGACGCGGAUCAAUGAUGCGUCCGACUAUCAAUGAGGAGUCCGACUGUCUACGGAAAAAAAAUUGCGGCGCCACCAUGGUUGGCGCUGAGCGGGAAAAUUUUAAACUCUGAAGUCUCUAGAUGUGUAUAGUGGCUGCAUAUUUUCUCAACAUUGAUUUUACACAAUCAGAAAAUACAGAUAAUUCUACCAAUUCUGAUUGUCGACCGAUAAGGCAAAAAUUGGCCAACAAAAUAUACUAAGGAGUGAUGAAUUAUUAAGUUUCAAACUUCAAAGAAAGCUAUUUCUUUUAAUUAUGAAGCAAAUUUUGAAAAAUGAUAUGUAAUGCUCCACAUCAAUGGAUGAUUCCAGCUAUAGGCGGAAUUUUAAUCUAGACAUGAAGAACGAAAUCCAUUACCAUAGCUGGAAAGAGCAUCUUAAAAUGAGUAAAAUUGCAAAGUUUGGUUGUGAAAGUUGUAAAAUGAGGAAAAUAUAGCCCUGUGAAGUUCCCAAAUUUUGUAUAUAAUUCCAUUACGCGCGGGAAAAAUAACCAUUUCUGAGCCGAAAGUGGUUAUUUUUACCGCACGUGAUACAAAUAUAUACAAAAUUUGCGAACUUCGUAGGGCUAUAUUUUCUUAAUUUUACAACAUUUUGCAACCAAACUUUGCAGUUUUACUCAUUCUAAGAUGCUCUUUCUAGCUGUGUGUGUUGGAUUUCGUUCUUCUUGCCAAGAUCAAAAUUUAGUCUAUAGCUGGAAUCACCCAAUGCAGCAGCACUGCUGGCAGAAACAUUUGUUAUGUAUAUUAACUUUGAAACAAACAGGUCAUAGGCCUACUUUAACCCAUUGAUUGAUUGAGUGGCAGCACUCUCCCCUUCACAAGUAAAAUCUGGCGUUAGACAGAGUAAAAUAUUAAAGUAUAGGUGCAUCAGGGUGCAAGUUCAUACUACUAUAGGAUAAAACAAGUGCCUGGAAGUGCAAAAAUUACUCCAAGCUGUUUCCAAACAUCGGAUUAAAAGAUUAGGGUUGGAAACCUUGUGAUAACAUUGUGGGUGUGUGGUUACAGCUACAGUAGCAUAUCUAGUAGUGAACAAUAUACUUGAGGGAUUAUAUUUAAUUAUCAAACUAUGCAAUAUAAUAAGAACUUUUGGCAUACUGAAAUACACAUCUAAAGGGGUUUGGAGUAUCUUUCACAGAGAUUGAUCAGUUACAGUAGAUAGGUUUUUUCUGGAUUCCUGACAGGACGACAGGUACAUAUUGUUACUGAGUGGCGAGCACUUUCUCUAGGUAUUUUGCCUUAUUUGGUUGUUUCCCCUUUUACCAACAAGGUGCAAUAAUGGAUGUGGGAUAUGUGUUGUCCAUUAUAUUUAAACUUUCUUGACAUGCAUGUUGCUAAUCAGAUGUGAGUUUAUGGCUAAAUCAGGCUCUUUAUGGCAUGAAAAAUCAACAUGGCAGCACAGUUCCAAAUGCUCAUCUGGUGUUGUUGUUUCAAAGAAUUUGCAAGUUGUUGCAUUACAGAAUCAAACCAAUAUUUGUAUUUGACGGUGGUGUUCCUGAGCUUAAGAAGAAAACAAUGGUAAUUCAUUCAUUUAUUUCCAAAGCAAAAAUAUUUUAGAGCCUGUCCAAAACCAAUGCUUUGUUAAAUAAUGAUUCACCUCAGAACCUACCCAGCCUUCCAGGAUUUCAGGUCUUUAAAUCAUGAUGUUUUGAUGAAAUGUAAUGACUAAAACUGUGAAGCCUCUGGAACGCAGGCUUCUGGAACCCAUGUUGCUCAAGCCUUAAGAGGAUGCAUAGUUGGUCAGUAACAGGUUUGAAAGAAAACAAAAUUGAUUGAACCUUGUGAGAAUAAUCACGACCAUAUAUAUACAUACAAUACAAUACAAUGAUGCUUGUGAUGUUACUCUGAGUGUAUAUCCACAGAGUAACAUCACAAGCAUCUUAUUCACCUGAGUACAUAACACCAACAUAGCAAAUAUCAAUACAAUACAAAUAUGAAUCCUAUAGGAUUUUUACUGGAGAAAUUAAUAUAACCUUUUUAAUGAAAAACAUUCCAUCAUUUGGUUUGAUUUUCAACCUUUACUUAAUGACUUCUAAGGAAAAAUAACCUGAAAAGUUAAUAUUUGUUCAAAUAUAUUAGUAAGUUCUGUCGUUAUAACUAUUUUAAGCAUAUGUACUGUAGUUGUUAGUCUCUUUGUGUGGUUGUGGGGAUGAGAUUCUCAUCCCGUUUUAAAAUCACUUUUAUCUAUGUUGUAUUCGUAAGAAUCUAUUUAACAAUUAAAUUACGAGCUUGAGAUUUCUAUGAGGUGAUAGAUAUUAGGGGGAAGCCCGAAUCAACUAUCACCUCCUAGAAAUCGAGAGCGAGUAAUAUAAUUGUUUUAGUAGAAUUAGAGAUCAAGCAUAAAAUAUUCCACAGAAUAAUUCAAUAAUUUAUUUCUUAAUCCAUUUUUUAAAAUGCGCCAGGAAAAUGAUUGUUUUGCUACUCGCUAUCUAUCGAGGAAUAGAUAGCGAGUAGAGUAGCCAAUCAAAUUACAGCAUAUGCAAUAUUAGUGUAUAUACUAGUAUGAUUCUACUAAUAAAAUAUAGUUGAUAGUUCUUUACAUGAAAGUUUGCAACGUUAAUAAACUGAUUUGAAUUGAAUUUGUAACCUUCUGCAAUAAAAAAUUUGCCAGUUCACUUGUUCAAUUUGCAAAAGAUCAAAAGCAGUAGUCUUCAAGAUUGAGAAUGUUUCACUCUUUCAAAAGUACUUAGAGGAGAUAAACUUUCAGGGGGCGGUUGUACGAAGGCCGGAUAGCGCUAUCCAUUGGAUAUUGACUUUUUUAGCUAUUCUAAUAAAGACUAUAACUAUAAAACUAUAACUAUAAAACUACCGAUAUGGACCUCGCAAUAAAUAAAAAGAAAAAUAAUGGAGUUUAAUUAAUCUGGGUUAUAUACCAAUCAAUAGACAAUUUUGAGAAACUUUGAAAAAAUCACUAUAAUCCUGUAGAUAGUGCUAUCCGGCCUUUGUACAACCUGCCCCAGUUAUUCAGAAUUAACGUAUUAGUAUUUGGCUUGACGCUUUUAAACAUGUUUGUGUUCUAUUGGAAAUAAUUACGUAUGCACAGACUGGCAUAAUUCGCCAUUCUCCCAUGAGAACUGAAAACACGUGUCUGCAACGUCUUUACUCUAGGCUGCACGGAGGUCAAUCAGAUUGUCAGCCCGUAACAAGGCUCAAAAGAUAUCUGAAAAUGUUUUGAAGAAACACCUGAAGUCACGUGCGAUUGGUAGCGUGACAGGACGAAGAAGGUACUGUACUGUACUGUACUGUACUGUACUGUACUGUACUGUACUGUACUGUACUGUACUGUACAGCAGUACAGUUGUAGAAAUUCACUGACACUGCUGAGUUAUUAGUUUGAUAACGGAAACUGCAUUUUGCCGGGAAAAGGAGUUAUAAACUUAAGCUGGUUUAUAAAUUUGAGGAUUGUUUUCAAUAAAAUUUGCUGUUUAUUGUCCUCCGUUUCCAUGUUUGCCUGUUUUAGUAUGGCAGGCGCAUAUGAAGGUUGUAUCCUUAACCCUAUACUAUGCACAAAACACGAGGAAAUAAUCACAUGAAAACGAGGAUAAAAACAGUUCAUUCUGUUAAUUAAUGCAUAAUUAUAUUAUUUAUAUAUAAUAAUUUCUGUCAUGUAAGACUACUGUAUACAACUGCACUGUACCAAAAUCAUCCUGCGUUGACAUGCAAUAACUUCCAUUCUAUUAAAAGAAUGAGGAAAGCAAUUUUAUUGUUUCUACCCCAGUACGUAUGUACCUGACAGUUCUGUAUUUCCCUUCCCUUUGAUCAUUUCUUUGAGACGACCCUGCUAAAUGUCUGUUGCGUACUUGUGUUUGGUGAUAAAGAGCUGUGAUUUUACUGACGAACCAUUAGUCAUUAUAGUGCAUGUACAUUGGUCAUUAUAGUUAAAUGUACUGUGCCGUGCUAUGGACAUGUCCGUCAAUAGGCAGAUUCGAUGCACAUCUGUUUCAUUAGUUCAUUUGGAACAUCAACUUUGUUGAUAGGAAGAUAAAAGAGGUCUUUUAAUGACCAAUCAGCUUAUGGGAUAUAUUUUUUAUUGUCAGCCAGAGAUCAUCUGAUGUUUUAAAUCAGCCAGAACGCGAGAAAGAUUUGUUUGAACUACCUCCACUACCGGAGAGGAAAGAGCCUGAAAGGUAUAUUAAGUAAUGAAAGAACAUGUAUUUGAUGUGUAAUUUAUAUACACAACAUGAUAAGAUAUAGGUGGUGAAACAAGCCGUGAGUCCUGAAGUAUGUGUGAUGUACAGGACCCCUAGAAUAUUUGAACACAUGCUACUAACAGUGUAAAAAUUUCGUCAAUUUUGGAAAAAAUGUAGUAUAUAUUGAAUUUGUGCAGUAAAAUUUUAAAAGUGGAUUACUUAAUGAUGUUGUUAGGAGAUUCCAUAACCUGAAACAUUUAUAACUCAUCCACUCCUUCACAUCCUCCAAAACGAGAAAAUCGCAGCAAAAAUCGCCCGUGUAAACGGGCCUUUAAAGAUUUUGAUGAUUCAGUAUUUUAUUCUUGUCUGAAUAGUAUCUUGUGUAAUAAAGGUGUUAAAAGCAAUUACAGGUAACUCUCUGGUCUGCAAGCCCGAUAAUUUCAAAAAUGGAAGAGGGAAUUAGUUGCUAUUCAGGCUAACCUCGUCAACUCGGUUCCUUGUCGAAGCCAUGAUGAUACUAUUGUUUUUGACGAAAACCUUUAUCUGCAAAAAAGUAAUUGCUACCACGGAUUUUUAUCAAACUGUGGGUGGGGGCGAAAUUUGGUAAAAAAUUUCCAAUUUAGUAAAUUUUGAACAUCAUGUAUAAUAAUAGUAAGGGAAAAUGUGGUCACACUGACCACAAAGUAAGGUAUUUGCAAAGCCUCUUUGAGUUUCGCAUCAACUUUUUGUCCCAGCUGACCACGCUAGGGCCAGUUCUAAAGUGCGUCACACGUGUUUCAAUACGACGUACAGCCGUUUCAGCGCUCUAUCUUUAGACGCCCUGAAUGGCUGAAUGCAGCCUGAAAUUAUAUACGUUUCACAUGUACUGUACUUUCAUUGCUACUUCAUAUUUCCCAACUAUACAAUUACUAUAACACUAUUCAUUCAAGACAACCCUUUCCCAGGCAUUCAGCCAGGCGGCCGUCCAACUGUCCUAUUGACAGCCACUUUUUAAUAGACAGCCGUGUACGGCCUAUAUACUAAGAAAAUGUUUUCUUUCAACAGCAACUUGCAAGCUUUAUGAUGUUUCUUGAAUAUCUCAGAACUUGUUAUUUAUUUUAUCUAUUGCAUGCGUUUCCAAACUUUCUGCCGAAAAGACGCUGAAUUAUAUGCAUGUGACAAAUGAUUCCAAACGCCAUGUUUUUCAAACAAUAGGUUGCCACACUCAUGGCAGUUUUGGACGGCCAGUUUUGACAUCCUGACUGAAAGCCUGCCCUUUCCCAAACAUCAGAAAAUGUUUUUAAUAAGAUACUUUACCCAUAUAUACUGUAUUUUUUUGUAUUCUUUAGUCCGUCCGUUGAUGAAUCUUUCUUUCAAUCACACCAUUUCCAGGUACAAUCUUGCCGUAGUACUAUGUGCUAGGAAGAGCGUCCUUCAUGCAUAGGCUAGUGUUUAGAGAGAGUUCAACCACAGACCUAUAAUUUUUAUAAAGAGCAAUUGAAGUCCGAGAUGAAAUUUGCAAUACUGUAUCCCCCCUGUACAUUCUUUCGAAGAUGUGUAUGACCAUGAUUAUUGAUUUUUCAUUUGCUAUAUAUAGGAUACAACGGAUGUUAACAUCGACUCGGAAGAAUUCAAGAAGCUGCCACGUGAGAUUCAACAUGAAAUUAUUGUUGAAAUGCACGAGAAAAGUAAGAGACAUUCCCGCUAUCAGGAUAUAGACAUGCCAGAGGUAUAUGCCAUGUUUAUACUUUAUACUAGUCCUGUUUGUAAGCAUAAAAACCAAGAUCCAAGGCAUAUAUAGGGAAGCAUUUAUCUAGAAUUUCGUCCAAUCAGAUGAAGUGUGCAUGUGAUGAUGUACGAGUCGAUUAACCAAUUACCAAAAUCGUCUUGCAUAAAUGACUAAAUUUGCCCAUUGCAUAUCUUUUGAUUUAUUUAGAUCAUAAACCAUUAUUUCAUCAACAAACGUUUAAUUCAUCUAAUAGGCGUUAAUUAUUAUAUACCGGUACCCCUUUAUAGUAACUGGGCAUUAAUUAGAUCAUUUACGCUAUCUAUAUGACGUGACUGUAUAGGAGUGUGAUGACUUUUCAAAUUUUCAACUGAAUCAUCUACUGAAGCGCGGGAAGUUAACUCAAAGACUGGGAACAAUAAGAAAAGAAAUGAACGAAAAACGAGUGGGAGAACUUGUUGUUGACGUUGCUGACAGUGAAAUGAACGUUAAUUCGAUCAUCCAAUCACAGAAAAUAAUGUCUGAAGAAACAGGACAUUACAUUUUAAUCAAGCGGACAGCAGCACGAAAAAGUGAUGGUAUGUUAUUUUAUUUAAUCUUUUGACUUCUUUGUGAAAGGGCCAAAAUGCUAUUAAAGGUCCCGUGGAGUUAGAGCCUCUUCCUUUUUGGAACGUACGCUCUCCCCAUCGUUUCGUAAGAUCAGUUUUGUUAGCUUGGGUUUGUUAGCUUGGGUUUAUAUCCAUCAAAAGACACAUGUAAUAUAGUAAAAGCUCUACACUUCAUAAAACAAAACACUUUUAAAAAAAAAUGUGAAAACGCUCUCUGUAUAGUAUAAACAAGCUUUCGUCGGUAGGGAUGCAACUACCUGAAAAAUAUAUAUGGCGAAUUUCGACGUUUCGAACUCCAGACGAAGGGCCUCCGCUCGAAACGUCGAAAUUCUUCUUAUAUUUUUCAGGUAUAGUUGCAUACCUACCAACGAAAGCUUGUUUAUAUUAUUGGCACUACUUACACUGGCACAGACAGUUCUCUGUAUAGUAGCUACAGUAUUUCGCCACUAGAUUGCAAGACUUGACACAAGUCCACCGCCUUGGAAGGAGCGCGGUUGCUGGCACGUUGAAGUAUUAUAUUGGUUUUUGGAUGUUUGAAAAUCUUUUAGAUCAUGAGGAACAAAAAGAGGAUGAAAUGGCUGGAGGAUUUUUCCGUGAAGAUGGCAACGUCGAUGAGGUGGAACUUAAACCAUUCUUUCUAAAAGACUUGCCUAAAGUCUCAAGCAAUGUUGCUAAACCUAGCAUGAGUAUGUCUUUAGAUGCAGCGACAAGCAGUACAGGGGAAAGUAGUGAUGACCAAGAGUUUGAAGAUAUUGCUGCUAAAGUCUUGCCAACUGAAUCAGCAAGUGAUUUAAUGAAACAAUCAAAUAAUUUUGGCAUUCCAGAGAGAGAAGCCACCGAUUUGUCUAACAUUGUGAUGAGACAGGCCACAGGCAAAGAAAAUAAAAAUGAUGCAGUUCGGAAAGAAGGCAUUUCAUUUCCAGUUGAAUCGAAUGAACUAAAAAUGGAUAUCAACGAUGAUAAAGUCCAUUCUAAUGAGAAUAGUGGAACACUCACCGGAGAAAUAAGUGGGAAUAUACCAAUCGAUAAUGAAUACUUUGUUGAGGAAGGUGGCGACGGAACUCUUUCGUCAUCCCAGUAUUCCAAUGACACAUUGGACGACAGCAACACAUGCGUUUCCACUGCUAGUUCAUCCAUUCCAAAAUUAUCUGAAACCGGGGAAAUUUGUCAACAAGAAUUAAGCCCUGAAAAAACUAUUAACACUGAGUUAGAUGAUUUAGAGAAUGAAAUAAACCAAAAGAAACUUCUGAUUGAAAAGUUGCUGUCCAAUAGACGCACGUCCAAUAUGAGUCCGUCAGAUGCGAAGGAAAACGUUGGGAAUUUACUUGAGGAAAAGUCGCUAUGCGAUGAGGGACAGAAUAAUCUUUCUAUGCAAGUUUGUGCCGCUAGUGACAUUUCUCUUCAACACGGGAUUAGUUUAAGUAAUGACAAUGAAAGUAAAAAUGCAGGAUCUAAUCCUUCCACUACUACUAGCGAUGAUAUUGCCAUUCCUCUAUCCGAUACUGGAACGUCCCGGCCAACUGAAAUCGAUGCACCUGUUCCAAAUGAGUUUGAAGGAAUAACAUAUGUGAGUACUAUGAUUUUUGUGCAAAUCUUACAUGCACUUGCUUGCAAUUGAAUGCAUAGUGCAUGGAUCAUGAUAAAUAUUUUUUUACCAAUUCAUGAUGAGGCACUAUACAACAGUAAAUCGUAAUUGAUCUCACGCAAAUUUCGCUGUCAUAAGAAUAGCGAGGUGCAUGUCUGAUGGGGAAAAUACGUACAUGUAAAUGCACAGAGCUUUGAAGGUCUCUGGAUGUCACGUCACUUUUUUAUUGUUAAAUGGUCCCGUUCAAACAUUAACGAAAUGCAUGUGUUCUUACAUGUACAUCUCUGCCAUUUGUAAUUACAUGUACUCCACUUAACUUAGUUAUAGGGUGACAAUUACUUUGAGCUCGACAUACAGUACUAAGAAAGUGAAUCUUAAUUCAUUGAUAAUUAAAAUUUAUUUUUGUCUGGCUGCUUGGUUGAAAUAUCGCCUGCUUUUAACCAGUGCAUGGCAAUAUGACAUGACACUAUGUUGAACUUCAGAAGGGAUUUUAUUUCGUAAAGUAAAUAGUAGCAGCAUUGGAUCAUUUAAUGAAGGUAACAUACUGUAUUUUCCAAUAUCCUGGGUGUUGAAUGUGGUGAACUCUACAAAACGUCAUAUUGUUUCCGUAUGUAAAAUGCCUUUCAGGAAGAACUUGGAGAGAUGCAAAUGAAAUUGGAUGAAGAUCUUGAUAGUUUGAAGGAAGAAAGGUCGCGCCAAACCCGACUGGCUGCCACUGUUACUGAUGAAAUGUACAAAGAUAGUCAAGUGAGUUUAAGGAGGCUCCCUACAGUUUCCAUUAUAUAUCGGUGUUUUAAACUAAAAGCUAUUUGAAUCCAAAAAAACUAAUUUUUUGCACAAGCUAUUGUUUCCUCUUAUAUAAAAAAGUAAUUUUAACCCACAAUCGCUACUCUUCAUGUACUAUUUACAACAUGAGCGGCCGUGUUGUAUCGGAUAUACAACACGGAUGUUAUAUGGCGAAGUAAUUUUAAAAAUAAACCUUGUCUAAGCCGAGAAAAUCAAAGUUAAAGUUUAUGUAAAUGAACAUGAAUCUGUAUCACAUAUACAGACUCCUUCACGCCCGUGAUUUCUUUUGUAUUUUCUUCAUGAAUUAUUAAUGAGUUUUUUAAGUUACCGUUACAACAUGACGUCACCAUCUAUAUGGCCUAUAUCAACCAAAAAAGCCGUCUUAGCGGACAAAUAACCACGGUGACCUACCUUUUUUAUUGCAGAAGAUACAUUGUUAUGAAGUUUUGAAUCUUUUUUGAAAGUUAUUUGAAAAUCGCCAGUGUAGUUUUCGAGAAAUUGAAUUUCAGCCUUUCCAAAGCUAAAAUGCAAUCUUAAAGGCUGAAAUUCAGUUUCUCGAAAACUACAUUGGCGAUUUUCAAAUAACUUUCAAAAAAGAUUCAAAACUUCAUAACAAUGUAUUUUCUGCAAUAAAAAAGGUAGGUCACCGUGGUUAUUUCUCCGCUAAGACGACUUUUUUGGUUGAUAUAGGUCAUAUGGAUGGUGACGUCAUGUUGUCAUGGUAACGUGAAGAGUAGCGAUUGUUGGUUAAAAUUACUUUUUUAUAUAAGAGGAAACAAUGCUUGUGCAAAAAAUUAGUUUUUUUAGAUUCAAAUAGCUUUUAGUUUAAAACAUAUAUAUAUAUAUAUAUAUAUAUAUAUAUAUAUAUAUAUAUAUAUAUAUAUAUAUAUAUAUAUAUAUAUAUAUAUAUAUAUAUAUAUAUAUAUAUAUAUUGGAAACUGUAGGGAGCCUCCUUAAGUGUACCAUGUGUUGUAGUUGUUCAAAUUCUAGCGAUGUUGCGAAAAAUUAAAAACUUUACAACCCAUAAUUUAAAAAAACACCUUGUAGAAACUUUAACACUCUCACGCUUAGAUUAUGGAGAUGUUGUAUUCUUUCCGAUUACUGAUAGUUCACUUUUCGUCCAAAAACUAUAUUAAUUUUUAGACCUAAAUGAAAAAGAAAAGUGAAUCUACAAAAACCUUUCGAAAUUUUGUUCUAUCCAGCGAGAUGUACAAAAUCUAGAAUAUUUACCCAUAAUCAAAUUAUGUAGUCGAACAUCCUCCUGAAACAAGUUUCUGUUACUUUCCAGGAAUUAUUACAGUUAUUUGGGAUUCCAUUUGUCGUAAGUCCUAUGGAAGCGGAAGCACAGUGUGCUACCUUAAACAGGAAUAACUUGUGUGAUGGCUCAAUAACUGAAGAUAGUGAUAUUAUUCUAUUUGGAUCUAAGAAAGUUUACAAAAAUAUUUUCAAUCAGAAGCGUGAUGCAGAGAUAUAUCAAGAAGAUGAUGUCAAGUGCGUACUGGGUAAAGUAUGCUACUGUAUUUAUUCGUUAAACAGUUCUUUGAUUUAGUUCUUGUAGCCAGACUCUAUACGCAUACAGGUUGCUUUCCGUAUGUUUGAAAGUGUACUUGUUAUUUGUGUUCACGCGUUCAGUGACAGUCAAUGGAGUUAAGCAUGUCCCACAAACAACUUUCUUUAGUUUAACGUGACUUCUUCUUUCGUAUACCAGAUCGUUUGAGUGCAAUACCGGAUGUUUGAACUCCGGAACUUUGUAUCCCCGGAACUCUUAAUGGUGGGAUCAAUUGAAACAGUGCAUGAUUUAACAGGGAUUUCGGGGCCAGAUAAUAUUCAAUUUAUAAUUACUAAUGUAUAUAAUAAUAUACUUUCAAACUUUAUUCUCGUUCGUGAUUGGUCAACAUUCCCAGUAUUCUCAAUAUCCGGGAGGUGGAUAGUGCUUUUCGCGCGAUUUGAUUGGUUGUUCAACUCCGGAUAUCUUUGCACCAUUCACCUCCACUUCGGUGAAUUAUUGUUAAUCUAAUUGUUAUUCAGUGAAUAAUUGUUAAUUGUUUAUUAUUUGCUUACCACGUUUAGGUCUGGACCGUUUAAACCUCAUUGCUAUCGCAUUGCUUACUGGAAGCGAUUACACAGAAGGAAUACAAGGUCAGCCAUGUCAAACUCCGAACUAUGAAAAAUAUUGAAAUUCUUCAACAUUUCGAACGAAGACCCUUCAUCAGGAGGUUUCAGUUAUAGUUACCUCACAAUGGGCCUGUGGGAAUGUUGUUUGAUGCCCCCCCCGCGAUCACAAUAAGUCGCAAGUCACAAACCAAUAGUCACAAAUGAUGUUUUAAUGCUCUCAAAUCUCAAAAGUCGCUCACAAAAAAACCCCCAAAAAACACGAUGCAGAGCUCUUCUAAGAACCAAUUCGUAUCAUUCACUUCCGGUACAGUUACCCUAGCUACUUUUGACACACUCCCCCUAUUUUGUUCCGAUAGGAACCAAAUAAUUCAACAGUGUCUCAGUUCUGUUCAUAGGCUACUGAUUAUAUGUAUUAUAAACGUUCAAUAAAACAACUAUAUUUAAUUAAAGUGUUCAGUCACUUUGUUCUUCUUCAACUAUCUUUCGAAUGUUCUCCUGACCGAAUAUUGCUGCCUUUCCCUCCCUUACUCUUUCGCCUCCACGUUCAAACUGGUCUUGGGUGGUUCCAUGUCACACAACAAUUCCAAUGGAUAUAGAAACUGGAUUGGACGCUCUAAGAAUGAUUUUCUUGCUCUCAGUUUGACCGCUCUGAUCACACCGUCUCUUCCCUUGAUCAUCUGAACUACAACACCGAGUUUCCACUUGUUUCGAUUUCUUUCCUCUCCUUUGAUAAUCACCACGUCUCCUUGUUUCAGCGUAUGCUCUUUCUUUGGAUGUUUCAAAUUAUGGCGUUCUCGCAACCCCCGAAGGUACUCCGACGACCAUCUCGACCACAAAGCGUUUUUGCAUUUUUCAACAUAUUUUGCUCUCUAAGGCUUGCCUCAUCAAUGCAAUGUACAUCUUCCUCAGGGAUUGUGCCAGGUUGACCAAACAUCAGGUUGUUAGGGGUUAGGAUCGGCAUUUGGAUGUCAUCCUCUACAUAACUCAACGGUCCAUUGUUCAACACCAGCUCAAUGUCUAACAAUACUUUUGAAGUUCUUUCCAUUGUAGACAGGCUUUUCCAAUGGACUUGUAUAACGCUUGUUUGACUAAUCCUACCAUCCGCUCAAACUGACCGCCCCACCACGGUGCACGAGAUAGAUUAAACUGCCAAUCGAUUCUUUGUUCUGCUAACCAGUUGCGGAAACGUUCUUCUUUCAUCACCUUUCUCAGCCAGGUCGCUGCAGCCACGAAGGUCUUGCCGUUGUCCGAGUAGAUCUUUCUAGGACGACCCCUGCGAGCAAUAAACUUCUUCAAACUAUGGAUAAAUUCUGUUGUAGUUAGGUCUGGAAGUAACUCCAAAUGGAUAGCUCUCGACAGACUGCAAGGAAUACAGAAGGAUAUAUGACUUCCGUUCUCGAUUCUUCGCCGUACGGUAGGGAAUAGGCCCCGCGUAAUCAACACCGAUCACCUGGUGUGCAGAGGAUCCAACUGUUCGAUCUGUCGGAAGAUUUCCGGGUGGAGGAUUGACAACUGCUACUGCCCGAAACCGUUUACAGCCAUUACAUUUUUUGUUCACCUUUCUUACCAACCGUCGUAACCGUGGUAUCCUGUAAACCUCUCGCAGUUUAGUCAUCGUAAGACCGACUCCCCCGUGCAAGGUGCGGAUAUGGGCGUCCAUUACAAGCUUCUCGGUGAACACAUCUUGAUCUGGUAGAUAGGUUGGGUAAUGCCCUUGAAGUCUGCCCCAACAUUCGUAUACACCGUCAUUGUUUCUUUGAAGGUUUAACCGUAGCCGAUCAUCAUGAAAGGUGUUGGUUUCUUCAUUCCUUCCUUGAACUCUUUUUACCCAAAAUGCUAGCUGCUUUUGAAUUUCCUCUGACGUAAUAGGACCCACUGUCUUCUCUCCAUCAUGAACUUUAGCAUUAGACAGGAACCUCGCCACCCAUGCUCCAAUUCGCAGAGUUUUCCAAAGCUCAAAUUUCCCGAGAAGUUCGUCAAACGUUUCAUUUCCUCUCACAGAUCUUCCGCACGCGAUUUUGUACGAACUGUUUGUACUGCCCUUUCCCUUCGAUCCAGUACAACGCCACCGUGCUAUCUAGCCAUCCUGUCACUUCGGUGACAGGAAACCCUUCUAAGGCUGUUUUCACAUUGUCAACUAGGUUUGCCGCCAUGUGACCCGAUACUAACUCCGUCCUUGGUAUGGACAGUCCUCGUUUUGAUAAACGUGAUUUUGCUGCAACCAAUCCCUGCGUGUCUCCAGAAGGUUGUCUCACCACAGCGUAGACGGCUGCUGCCACUCCUUUGUUACUUGCAUCUCCGAAUGCAUGUAGACAAAUUUCUUGGAUAUCUUCUCGAUUUCCUACAAGACUCCUAGGAACUUCAACACUGUCCGGAAGUUCGUUCUCCCACUUUUCCCAUCGUUUUGCAAACGAUUCAUUCAGCGGUGCAUCCCAUCCUAACUUUCGGUCACAGGCUUCACGGUACAACAGCUUGCCGGCUAGUGUCCUCGGAGACACUAGUCGUAAAGGAUCAUAUACUCUAGCUAUUUUGGAUAGUAUGUCUCUUUUCGACGAUUCUGCUUUCUCUGACGGGAAAGAAAUGCUUAUCGUGUUCUUAUCUUUGUUCCAGUCAAGGCCAAGGAGUUUACCAUUCUCUUUAGUUGGAAUCCCGAGUUGUUCCUUUGCGUAAGUUUCGUCUUCUUGCUUCGAUGAGGAUGGCGUUUCUAGCCCCUUGUCGUUUGACUGCCACUUAUGCAGAUCGAAUGUGGCAUCCUGAAAGAUUUCAGUAGCCUUGUCUUUUACUGUCGUUCCAAUUGAAGUGUUGCUCAAAUAUUGAUUCAAUACAUUACCUCGGGCUGACCAAUUCAUUUCAUCAAGUUCCUAGAGAUAUUCAUACACUUCCUAGUAUAACUGUAAACUUCCUGUUGAAUAGCUUGAAUGCACCAAUCACCUUUGUUGUUUGUGCAACUAACCAAUCAUAAAUAGACAGGAAGUGACCAGAAAUGAUCAAAUACUUGGAAUUGGCUCUUUCACAGGAAGUGUAUGAAUAUCUCGAGGAACUUGAUCAAAUGAAUUGGUCAGCCCGAGGUAAUGUAUUGAAUCAAUAUUUGAGCAACACUUCAAUUGGAACAACAGUAAUUGUGAUGCUUUCUCGGUUGUAGUAGCUCCACUAACAAGGUCAUCAACAUAAAGACUUUUGUCAAUCUCAUCGACCACAGCAGGGUGCCAACUUUCUAAGUGUUGUUGAAUCACUCCCCCAGGAGAAAUGGAGAUGAUGUCAAACCAAAGAUGGCUCUUGUAAAUCGCAAAGUUUGUAUUUCAUCCAUGUUGAUAUCUUUCAGCCAAUAGAAUCGGAGGACAUCUCGAUCACCACUACUAAUUCUCACUUGUAGGAACGCUUUACGCAAGUUUCCACUAAGACAAACAGGGUAAAAUCUUCCCCGAACUAGCACAGAGCACAAUUUAUUCUGCAGAGGAGGACCGACUUCGAGACCGUCAUUAAGUGAUGGUGACUCUUUCGAUGGUCGUGCCGCGGCAUCAUAAACGACCCGUAAUUUGAUACUUUCUGCAGUCUCACGAAAUACUCCCUUAUGUGGUAUAUAGAAUUAUCUUCCUUCAGGACUCUCUGGUACAGGUUCCACCACUCCUUCAUUCAACUGCUCUCUGAUAACAUUGUCAUAUUCUUCCAACUUCUCACUGGUUUUGAGCUUACUCACCAAUGUCCGUAGUCGUCGUUGGCUGUUGACCUCAUUUGUACCAAUUGGAAAAUAGUUUCCCUUCCAGGGGAGGCCAGAUUCAUACCAGCCUUCUGGACUUCUGUAUAGUUGUUCUUUAAAUUCUUCGUAUACCGCUUCUUGAUCUCCCACUGGGGUGUCAGCUAGACCUAGGACAUCCAUUCGACAAAGUUCCUCGUAUUCCACCGAAGAUGUUUGUGUCAGGAACAUUUGAGAUAAAUCGACACCUUGUCCAGGUGAUACUAGAAUCCAUCCAAAUUUGGUUAGUUUAGCCACUGGUUCUCCCGGUACACCAACUUUCUCUUUCGAGCUUGUCUUGAUUUUCGCGUAUUCCCCCACGCCCAAAAUGAGAUGAAUUGGGAGCUGUUCUUUCGGAUCAUCAACGUGGAUGUGGUAACAACAACAAUUGCUGUUUAGCAAUCUUUGUCACAUCUGCUUCUAGACUAAAAUCACCGUUCACCGAUUGAAUUCAACUAAUUUUGGGAAGUCCCAUUCUUGCCAAUUAUCAUCAUUCCGCACCAGGUCGCCUCGGAUCCCUUCCAACUUAUCUAGUGCAGUGCGAAUGUACCCAGUAAUUUCUUUCAGUUUCCCAAGUGUCUCGAGUGAUUGAACAUUAUACACCAGAGAUUCAUAAAAUUCGUGCACUUUCCUUGGUUGGUGGCUUCCAGUGAUGACGGGUAGCCCCAUAAUGUUUUUCAUGUAGGCAUGCACUAUUUCGCAGGGUCUACCAUAUUUGGUCUUAAGGAUUGUUUUAGCACGUUCGUAUCCCUCGGUCGAAAAUGGGAGACCGUCUGUACAGCUCCUUACCUUAGACUCCACCAAUUCCUUUAAAUAUGAGAAUUUUGUAAUAGCAGCCGCUUUCGAUUUAUCUAUUUCUGCUUCGAAUUGGUUCCAAAACCUAGGCCAGUCUUGGUGUGUGCCGUUGAAUUUCGUGAUCACUAACUUUGGGAGCUUUGCUGCACUGCUAACUGCACUGGUACUAUUCUCGGAUGAUGACGUCAUUGAAUUUUUCUUUAUCUCGCUCAUCUUUGUUUCAAAUUCUAGCUUUUGUUCGAAUUGCUUACGCUUAAAUGCUAAUUGUUCUUGUCUCGUAUGAAAUGCCAGUUUGUUUUUCUCUUCCUGUUGUUGUGCUUUCUCUCGGAGAACUAAAUCCGCUAUAAACUUGUUUAAAUCCGUAAUUUUUUCGUCGACUUCUUCCAAUUGCUCUACGACCGGCUUUCCCCAACUUUCGACAUUUUCGUCGCUGUCGCCAUUUGUAAAUUUCGCUUCCUCAAUAUCUCCUUUUAACUUUUGAAUAGCAACUACCAUCGAGUUCAACGCAUCGCGAUGACGUUCGAGUGCUGUUUUGUUUCCCUUUCCAACAAUAUCGUCGGUUUCGCUUAACGUAAAACGUAAGGCUUUUACUUUGCCCGCCAAUAAGCCGUCUAAUUUCUCCAUUUUUUGUUCGAUAAAACGAUAUAUUUGCCGCGUUUCUCGCCGAAACAACGAAUUUCUAUCCCGUACGAAGGUGCCGCUGUGUGGGGAAUGUUGUUUGAUGCCCCACGAUCACAAUAAGUCACAAGUCACAAACCAAUAGUCACAAAUGAUGUUUUAAUGCUCUCAAAUCUCAAAAGUCGCUCACAAAAAAAAAAACACGAUGCAGAGCUCUUCUAAGAACUAAUUCGUAUCAUUCACUUCCGGUACAGGUUACCCUAGCUACUUUUGACAGGCCUUUUGUCGAAACGUCGAAUUGUUUUUAAUCGUUUUCAGUUAUUUCAUAAACAAAUAAUGAUAUAAUUACGGGAACCACUCAGUAUUUUAAGAAAAUACAAAAUAACAGUAAUUCCGAAUAACAUUUUGAUUUUUAAUCGACUUUUCGACUAGUUUGUGGUCAUCCUCAGGAUUAAUUAUUAAUCCUACAAACUGGUCGAAACGUCGAUUGAAAAUCAAAAUGUUAUUCGGAGUUACUGUUAUUUUGUAAAAUCAUGAUAUCUUGUCGUAGAAUAACUACUAUACUGAACUGCAUGCUACAUCGUCUACUCGCGACAGAUUGUAAUUGGAUUCGAAUUCACUUUAAUAUUUUAAUAAACAACAAUUGAACUAGCGUUUAACUGCUACGCAGGCUACAGUUAAUCUUAUUUUAGUAUCCAUAUCCACCGAAAUAGAGAGAAAUACGAGUUCAUAUCUUAGACUUUUUAAGUUCCAUCUUUACUGAUGGAAAGCAAAAUGUGCAUUAUUUGUUGUUUGGUUUCUAGGUAUAGGAAUUGUUUCUGCCAUGGAAAUUAUCAAUGAAUUUUCUGGCGAAGGCAUUGAGAAAUUGCAGAACCUAAAGUGAGUACUUUACUAAAUGUAAAAACCUGUAUAUAUUAAGCAUCUCUAAGCUUAUUUCUGUAGCUCUCUCUCCACGUUAAACUCGUAUUAUCGUAUUUCCUCUAUUUAGUACCCAGCCUCUUUUUAGACUCCCACCUUACCCUUCUAAUUAGCCCUCAUGCAGUCCAGAAGCACUGAAACAAAAUAAGCUCCCACCCUCUAUUUAGCCAUCCUCUAUUAAUUAAAUCAUUCUCAAUUUAAACUGAUAACGAAAUAUGAACACGAACAUUCUUUAUAGCGUUCACUGAUAAUGCUCGAUGUAUAUAAAGUGCACUGAUAUGGCUAAAUAACGGUUAAUUUUAAAAUGUCUCCAAGUAUCCCUCUAAUUGUUUUUGGUCAAAAUAUUUCGAAAACCAAGCAAGGUACGAAAAAGUGCAUGUAAACGGUCUUCAUAUAUGACUUUAAAAGUUCUUUCAAAUAAGACAAAGUUAAUUUUUAUUGCCAUAUCCCUUUACAAGAACGUAAAAAUUUAUUCCGCCUCCAGCCUCUAUUUAGCCCCUCUACUUCUAAUAAGCCCCCCAGUCCAGAACUACUGGGGGAUAAAUAGAGGAAGUAUGGUAUUUAAAAAGUGUCGGCAUGUCCAGAGUUUUGAAUUAUUACUUUUUUCGCUGUCUAAUCACGAACCACGUUUUAGUGAAGACUAUGAAUAAAAAACUUGACUGCAAUAUUUGUUUGCAUUUUUAUUGUUUUAAACAGAAGUUGGUUAUAUGACAAAUCAAGGCAUCAGCUACACGAAAGUAAAGUUAAAAAUAAAUUAGUAAGUAUAUGGUUGUGAAUAACUUGUACUGAUCUAUACAUGUUGUAAUUGGUGCAUCUAUAUUUUUUAGAAAAAUAUUUCACUCCCUAUUGGCUUUCCAUCGGAGCAAGUUUUUGAGGCGUACCUAAAUCCAGCUGUGGAUGAUUCCAAAGAAGCUUUCUCAUGGGCCAAUCCUGACCUCCACUCUUUAAGAUUAUAUCCUUUUAAUUUUUCUUCUAAAAAGCGCGUAAUAUAGUUAUACAUUAACAGCAGCCUUGACGAUGGGCAUGCAGUAUAAAACUGCCCGAAACGUUGCAAUUAUAAAUAAAUUUAUGCAUUUUUACAUGCAUAUUAAAUGCAGUUUGCAUGUGAGUGACUGAGUGUUUGCAUGGAAAACGCAAGUUAUUAUAUUCAAUUUGUUUUAUGAAUAGUUUAUUAUUAUUUAUCUGAAAUAUCCUUUAAACCUGGUUUUCACAACUAAAGCAAGCAUAUAGCGAGAAUAUACACAAGGCACACUUUACGAUGAAAAACAGUGAAAAUUCUCUUUGCUUAUUUGCAUGAAUUCGCUUUUAAUUUGUUGGGUCCCAUCUUAUAAGUAUAGGUAAUCAUGCGAUGGCGAGUACAAUUAGGGAUUAAUAGUACGAGUGAUGUUUGGAAAUUUUGCCAAAAUUGGACGGGGCGAGUCCAAUUUGGCAAAUUUCCAAACAUCACGAGUACUAUUAAUCCCUAAUUGUACGAGCAACAUCGCAUGAUUACUUGUUUAUUAUUAGCAUGACAAAAUUGGAUACUUAUCAUUGUCAACAUCAUAUUCUCUCGCCAAAGCCCAGUUCUGCCACACUUUCAACCAAAAUUUGGUGCUUUUGUUUGUAUUUUCAUUUAGUUCUUUUGUUCAAGCAAAAUUUGGUGCGUUUGUUCGUAUUUUCAUCUAGUUCCUUCACGGCAAUUUCAUUUUACAUCUGUGCUUAAAAUACCUUUCCGCCGCCAUUGUGUUUGUUUUGGGAAAAUCAUUAAUUGUACUGCAGUACAAUUAAUGAAAUAAUUGUACUCCUCUCAACCAAUCAGCAUCCAGUAAUUUUGUCAUGCUAAUAAUAAGCUAGCUUACAGUCUUACGUUAUUGAGGUCGAAGCUUGCAUGCGCACUCCUCCCUACACUUCUUUGCUUUUGUCUGUUGUGCUUGGGUCGCAUGUGAAAAACAGAUUUAGCUAAAUAUUUUAUACCACAUACCAGUGAGAGAAUGUAUAAAAAUAUUGAUUUUCUUUAACUAUUUUCACAUUUGCCUCAGAGAAGUUGGGCUGGAGCAAAAUAAAGACGGAUGAGAUCCUACUACCUGUACUGAAACGUCUUAAUAGUAAAGAGGUAAUGGUAUAAACAAAGGCAAACGACAGAAACGUUGGUAGAGAUGCAACUGCCUGAAAAAUAUAAGGAGAAUUUCGACGUUUCGAGCGAAGGCCCUUCGUCUGGAGUUCCUUCAAUCCUCGCUUGACGGAGUGAAAGGCCUUCGCUCGAAACGUCGAAAUUCUUCUUAUAUUUUCCAGGUAGUUGGAUCCCUACCAACGAAAGCUUGUUCAUAUUUAUUGGCACUACCUACACUGGUACAGACAUAUGCCGUUCAAGAUUUAGUCACCUAUAGUCUCACGCUUCUUUUUCGUCUUUGCUAAAUGAACAUAUGUACAGAAUAUAUCGUGGGCUUCUGCUUCGAUUAUGUUAUAAUGAAGGAGAGCGCGCAUAAAUAGAAUUUUAUGUGUGUAUUCAAGUCCACGAAAAUUAAUUAUAUGGGUUUAACGACGAAGAAACAGUUCUAAGCUGGUGUUUCUCUGAGCGAUGUUCCCAUACAUUAUGUGUAUAGCUAUGCAACAAUGAAGAACAUCUAAUUUUAGUUUCUGACAUUCGCAAUUUUUAUUCAAAUAUUGUCUAUUUUAUCAAAGGUGCCCUUGUGUAGUGGGAAUGCACCCCGCCUUUUCGAUAAUUACGUCAUAAAUACGUCCCUGGCCUACGAGCCUCGCUGUCAUGAAUCAAGACGGAAGGCGAUUGGCUCACGAUUCUUGAAAAUGAGGCUCCCAGACCAAUAACGUACUCAUGACGUAAUUAUCGAAAAGGUGUAUUGACCGUUGCCGUUUUAAGAAAUAAGGCAAUGUAAUGUUACAGUACAAGAUGUACAACUCAUUCUGGUGUAUGUAUUCGUAAUUACUGCUGAUGCUACAAUCUGUCUUCACUUAGUUUAUGGGGAAAUUUGAAAUGCAAAUGCUAUACGCCUGCUUAUUCGAUUACAUACGACAGCAUACGAAUCGUACACGACAAAUCGCAUGUAACAGUACCUUAUACUGUGAUAUACUGUAAAUAACAUGUUAAGAUGGCAUUACAAAGCACCCUUCCAUUUAGUAUAUUAUACGUUGUAUUAAACUUGUGUUAAUCUGUUAAUGAAAUUAUGCAUUGCACUUUAUCUUUCACAGACGCAGUCAAAGAUCGAUGCCUACUUUCCUGUUCAGUUCAACGAAACUAGAAAAAUUAAAAGUCGUCGUGUUAAGCGAAUUGUGAACCGUCUAUUGAACAAGGAAACCAAUGACGAUGAUGUUGAAAAACAGACUGUGAAAAAGCGUAAAGUUAAGGGAUGUAAUGAAAUGUCUCAAAAUAUCGCUAGCUGCAUAAAUGAAAAAGGAUCGGAUGAAAUGGACAUUCGAGAUCCUAGUCACGCCGUUCAAUGCGAUCCACGUUCAUUGUCGAAACCUACCCUGCCAGACAUACAUAAAACUCAUGAAGAUCCCGAUGCGAGUAAAACUGGAUCUUGUUCUGAUUCUACAUCAGACACAAGCGACGAAGAUCAAAGUUAUGUACCGUUUAACACGAAAGGUGGAAAACCUCGCGGUCGAGGGAAGCCAAGGGGUAGAGGCAGUGUUUCGGGUUCACUGAGAUCACAGAGGGCUAGCGACAGAAAGUUCACAAGAAAAAAUACUUCCUGA